UGGAAGUCUUUGAGUAAUCAUAUAAUCAUGUUUAUGGUGUAUGAUUUAGUAGAGUUAAGGAUUACUAGGUUGCAAAAGAACCAAGCUGUUUCAAAACAGCUCAGGGUAGUCUUUAGUAAUAGGCUAUUGAGUUAGUCAAAUGAAAGAUUAAAGCAUGAUUCAUAAAUGAUAGGCUUGUUCAUAGACGAAGCUUAAAACAUGAUUUGUAAAUAAUGUUAGAACUAUUACCUAGAAAUUGCUAUUUUGUUAUUAUAGAACUGGGUUAUAAAAGAAUAACCUACUAAAAUAAAUUUAGAAGAUUGAAAAAAAUUUGCCUAGAUCGAAGCGUAAUGCACACUGCUCUAAGAAUGUGAUUUGCCUCGUAUAUGCGGGUCUGCAGAUAUCUCAUCUUCCAGGUGCAACAAUCCAGCUCAGCCUGAUCCUCCUCUAACAAGCAUAAUUGCUAGGAGACUUUAUCCGAUUGAUUCUUUCAAAUGCCUAGAAAAAAAUAGAAGAAUCAAAAAAAAAAAGAAAAGAAGUAUUUUCUGUCUCAAUCACUCUUAGGAAGCAAAGGAAACAGAGAAAAUAAAGCGGAGAGUGGAUUGAGUAAUUUAAGAUGCUGGACGUAAAGCCUACCUAUAAACUCUGUCAGAUGAUUAAGAAGACAUGAUGGUUUUCAAAGAUACGUAAUAUUUCAUAAACAUUGCAUCUUAUUGGAAACCAAAGUUUUCUUUCAAAGAGUCGCAAUUCUUCUAAAAAAAACGUAGAAAAAAAAAUUAAAUCAUUUAAACCAACUAAAAUUUAGAAGAUACGAAAAAAUUUAAAUCUUUUUAAAAUUAAAAUCUCAAUAAAUAAAACUAGGAAUUAAUAUGCAGUAGGUUUGUUCAAGCAUGUCCAAUAAGUUAAAAUGAGUUUUAAUACCUUUCCAUAUGACAAUUUCACAAGAAUUGUGCAUCCUAACUUGGCUAAUAUUCUGCCCCGGAAGUUGUGACGGAGACUAGGGUAUUGUCAGUAGGAGCAUGGUUUCAAAACACCGUCAACUGGUACUGUGAAUGAGUCGGAUUAACUCAUGACCCAACUUGUUUAGGCAUAGCCUGAUCUAAUUUUUCGGUUCCGUGACUGGGUCUAAAAUAUGAUCCAUUUUGGGUCUAAAGAGAAGACAGAGAGAUCUACUGUUCAAAAGAAAAAUCCCCGCUUCCAAAGGAAGAUCCAACUAUUUCUCGUACAUUCCCCGUCUUCGAUCAUACACCCUUCUCGCCACCUCCUCUUCACCCAUCUCUCUCUCUCUUUCCCUUCCUCUCUCAAACACACACGUAGAGAUAAAGAGAAGAAAGAAAAAGAAGUUACUCCCAGAGCGCUGAUAAGGCUAACAAAGAUGGGGGAUUGACACCAGAGAUGGAGAGGAUGUUCAAGCGCUUUGACACCAACGGCGACGGGAAGAUCUCAUUGGCCGAGCUUGGGGAAGCCCUCCGCACCCUCGGCUCCACCUCCGCUGAUGACGUCCAUCGCAUGAUGGCGGAGAUCGACGCCGAUGGUGAUGGCUACAUCGACUUCAGCGAGUUCUCCGCCUUCUGCCGCGCCAACCCUGGCCUUAUGAAGGACGUCGCUAAGGUGUUCUAGGCUCGUUCCAUUCUUAAUUUCUUCUCUCUUUCUUUUGUUUUUUCUUUCUUUCUUCUUCUUCUUCUUUUUCUUUUGAGAGUUUUCUUAUACCUUGUUUCCGUUGAGAAGUCUUUGUGGCCUUCCACGUUGCCAUGCAUAUUUUAUUGUGUAAUGACGAUUUAUGGAGCUUUAUUAGCUUAAUGUGCACCGUCAUGAAAAUUCGUGAUAAAACAUUCGAAAAUGUGGUUUGCUUUA